GUCGGGCUGGCAGUGCACAGCUGCGUCCCUGCGCCCCUGCCCCUUGAGUUCCCCGCAGCCCUCUAGCGUGCUCCGGCCCAGGCGAGUGGGGGCCGUGGGGAUAGGCUUCUGAGCCCUCACCGGGCUGCCCUCGGACGGACGGCGGGGGACCUACCCGGGAAGCGAGCAGAGCGGGCUGUGCAGGGCGCGCGGCCAAAGGAACGUGUCUCCUGGAAAGGGCUUGUGGGCCGCCCUGCCAAUCCCUGUGAGACGGGAUGGAGCGGUGACAUUGUGCUGUCACUACUACAUGGUGCUGCGGGCGGUCUCCUGAGGAUGCUUUGUGCCUAAGGCGCCCCAUCGUUCUCAUUGUGCUGAAGAGGAAACAUUUAUUCGAGAAUAUUUACCUAACUUAGAAAAAAAUUUAACUUGGCACUAUGGGGAUACAAGGAUUACUGCAAUUUAUCAAAGAAGCUUCUGAACCUAUCCACAUGAGGAAGUAUAAAGGGAAGGUAGUAGCUGUGGAUACAUACUGCUGGCUUCACAAAGGAGCUGUUGCUUGUGCUGAAAAACUAGCCAAAGGUGAACCUACCGAUAAGUAUGUAGGAUUUUGUAUGAAAUUUGUAAAUAUGUUACUAUCUCAUGGGAUCAAGCCUAUCCUGGUAUUUGAUGGAUGUACUUUACCUUCUAAAAAGGAAGUGGAGAAGUCUAGAAGAGAAAGAAGACAAGCCAAUCUUCUUAAGGGAAAGCAGCUUCUCCGUGAGGGGAAGGUCUCAGAAGCCAGAGAAUGUUUCACCCGUUCUAUCAAUAUCACACAUGCUAUGGCCCACAACGUAAUUAAGGCUGCUCGGUCUCAGGGAGUAGAUUGUCUAGUGGCUCCAUAUGAAGCAGAUGCACAGUUGGCCUAUCUUAACAAGGCUGGUAUUGUACAAGCUGUAAUUACAGAAGACUCUGAUCUCCUCGCUUUUGGCUGUAAAAAGGUUAUUUUAAAAAUGGACCAGUUUGGAAAUGGACUAGAAGUUGAUCAGGCUCGGCUAGGAAUGUGCAAACAGCUUGGGGAUGUGUUCACAGAAGAGAAGUUCCGUUAUAUGUGCAUUCUUUCAGGCUGUGACUAUCUCUCAUCGCUGCGUGGGAUUGGAUUAGCCAAGGCCUGCAAAGCACUAAGACUAGCCAACAAUCCAGAUAUUUUAAAGGUUAUCAGGAAAAUUGGACAUUAUCUCAAGAUGAAUAUAACAGUACCAGAAGAUUACAUCAAAGGAUUUAUUCGGGCCAAUAAUACCUUCCUCUAUCAGCUAGUUUUUGAUCCCAUCAAAAGGAAACUCAUCCCUUUGAAUGCCUAUGAAGAUGACAUUGAUCCUGAAACACUAAGCUAUGCUGGGCGAUAUGUUGAUGAUUCUAUAGCUCUUCAGAUAGCACUUGGAAAUAAAGAUAUAAAUACUUUCGAACAGAUUGAUGACUACAAUCCAGACACUGCCGUGCCUGCCCAAUCAAGAAGUCAUAGUUGGACUGACAAAACUUGUCAAAAGUCAUCUAAUAUUAAUAGCAUUUGGCAUAGGAACUAUUGCCCUAGACUUGAGCUGGACAUUGUUUCAGAUGCUACAAAGGUGAAGGAAAAUCCAAGUACUGUGGGCAUUGAACUAGUGAUUAGUACUAAAGGGUUAAAUCUUCCAAGGAAGUCAUCCAUUGCAAAAAGACCAAGAAGUGAGGAGCUAUCAGAAGAUGAUCUAUUGGGUCAGUAUUCUACUUCCUUUACAAAGAAGAUCAAGAAAAAUAGUUGUGAAAGUAAUAAAUUAUUGAACUCUUCUGAAUGGUUUAUGCCUGACCUGGUAGAUGGAACUACUAUUAAAAAAAGCUUAAGCACACCUCCUAGGACAAGAAACAAAUUUGCAACAUUUUUACAGAGAAAAAAUGAAGAAAGUGGUGCAGUUGUGGUUCCAGGAACCAGAAGCAGGUUUUUUUCCAAUUCUCUGGGUUCUGCUGACUGUAUAUCAAAGAAAGCAAGCAGCCAGUCUCUAGAUGAAACUGCUGUCACAGAUAAAGAAACCAAUGUAAAUGAAUCAGAUUGUCUAGAUGGCAAGAAGUUGUUAGAUAUCAGUGUAGCACAUAAUUCAAGUGAGCAUAUUCCAGAUGAUGUGACUGUGAUUGCUGAAGGGUCUCAGUCUUUUAAGACCAGCAGAUUCACGAGGACCAUUUCACCACCCACCUUGGGUACACUAAGAAGUUGUUUCAGUUGGUCUGGAAGUCUUGGAGAUUUUUCAAGGACACCAAGCCCCUCUCCAAGCACAGCAUUGCAGCAGUUCCUUAGAAAGAGUGAUUCUCCCAUCUGUCUGCCUGAGAAUAAUGAGCCGUCUGAUGUAUCUCAGUUAAAGAGUGAUGAGUCAAGUGAUGAAUCUCAUCCCUUACAUGAAGUGGAUUGGUCUUCACAGUCUCAGGAAAGCAUGGACUUAUCACCACACAAUUUAAAUGCAUCAAAACUUUCUCAGCCUUCUAGUAAGGAUUCAGAUUCAGAGGAAUCUGAUUGCAAUUUUAAGUCACUUGAUAAUCAAGGUAAUCAGAAAUCCAAGCUACACUUAUUUCAUUUUUCGAAAAACGACACGCUUCUAAGGAACAAGGUUCCUGGGCUGUAUAAAUCUAGUUCUGUGGACAAUCUUUCUACAACCAAGAUCAAACCUUUAAUACCUGCCAGAGUCAGUGGGCUGAGCAAGAAGCCAUCAAGCAUCCAUAAGAGAAAUCAUCAUAAUGCCGAGAACAAGCCAGGAUUGCAGAUAAAAAUCAAUGAACUCUGGAAAAAUUUUGUAUUUAAAAAAGAUUCUGAAAAGCUUCCUUCUUGUAAGAAGCCAGAUCCCCUGUCUCCAGUCAAAGAUAACAUCCAACUAACUCCAGAAGAAGAGGAUAUAUUUAACAAUUCUGACUGUAUGCAUGUUCAGAGAGCAAUAUUCCAAUAAACACAGGCAGCUGGGAGGCUGUUGCCUACAAGAGAAUCUCUGUCAAUUUCAUGUCCUGUUUGAGAAUGAAGCAGUUAUCAGUAUGAAAGAUUUGUUCUUAGAUCUAUGCUAUUUAUUUUUAAAUAGAGUACAUUUUGUAUAUUAACUAUGUAACUGUUUUUGUUCAGCUUUUUAUAUUUUCAUAAGCUAACUAGAGAAAUAAUUUUGGUUUUGACAGGUUUUCGAAGUUUUAAUGUUAAUUGAGCAAGUCCCUUGGAACUUAAAAAAAUCUGCUCUAAAGAUUUCUGUAAUGUUGUCAAGUACAAGGACGGUAAAUGGAAAACCACAAUUCUGUGGUCAUUUUAUACUAGAGGAAAUUACUGUGUUUCUUUGAGCUAUAGUGUUUUCACCUGCCUUUCCUGUCUGUCUUUCAGGGUUGAAUUGGAAAUGCAGUUGCUGGGAUGGGAGGGGUAGUUGGAAGGGUUAAAGAUCAUUGCAUAAAUGGGGCAGUGCUCUGUUUUCCCUGAAGAGUUUGGUUGGGUUACAGAUUGACAGUAAAAGAAAUUGGUUUCAGCAUCAUAUGAAAGGAACUACUUCUUAUAUCAUUAAUAUUCUUAAACUUCAAAAUAGCCUGUUUCUCUUAUAUGUCUUUUUUGAAGUGUGGGCUAAAAAUUCCUUAACAUAUAUUUAAAACUAGUGUCCUAGGUGCAAUGUAAAAUACUAAAGCUGCAGGGUCUAUGAUGUGUACAUACUCUGCAAAGAAAUAGAUUCUUGGAAAAAAAACCAGCUAUGCAAGUGAAGGUCUGAAGUAAGGAAGUGAGGUAAGUGACAAUCUGACAGGAAGUAAAGGAAUUGUAAAAGUGUCUGAGAUAUAGAGGAUAAAGGAAAGGGAUCCAGAGCAUUUUAAUUUUUAAAUGAGACUUAGUAGAGGAGGUCAGAGUGGAACAAAAAACAUAACAUUGUAAGAAACAGCAUAAAAAUGUUAAAAGGAGACAAAAAUUUUUAAAAACAAUCUGGAAAAGAUCAAAUACAAAGAACAAAAGCAAACUUGAACUUUCUGUGAAUGUUUCCUGUUAUAGAAUAAAUUAAGAAAGGCAAGAUGGCAGCGGUGCUGUAGUUUGUCAAUCUCCGAACCGUUGCAUAGCAGCAACUGGAUAGCAAAGUCAAAAUGCUAAUGAACAACAUUACAACAAAUUUAGAUGGCAUCAUAUACCUAAAUCCUGAAAUAUAAGUGGGUGAAGACAAGCUACCAAAAGCCACAAGACCACAAAGUGGUACUGGCAUGUAUUUGGGAGAAGUAGAGGAUGGCAAUAGGGCAUCUAAUGGACCUGAGAACAAAACUUAUAUAGAAUGAUUGUUGAAACACAUAGCAGGCCAAGUUGCAAACAGCCAUUUGAAACUGGGAGAGGCUUUGAGCAUUCCAGUGGUGAGUGAGUGCAGGAGACCUACAGUAAUGUCUGAAGGAAUGAAGCAAUGUAGUCCAUAUGAACUUUUGAAAUGAUUUGUCAUAUUUGUCAAGGCUCCACAGAAGAGAAACUGCUGGCUGUAAAACCAAAAUUGAGAAGGAGAGUGACAAUAGACACAAAGGAAGAUAAGGUUAAAUACAGUGAAGGGAGGAAUUGUUGACCAAGAAAUCUCAGCAGAACACUGUUUUUGUUUUUGAACACUGAAAACAAAAACAAAAAACCCAACAACAACAAAACAGCUGAGGUUUGAGAAGCUCCCAUGACUCAUGCCUCAAAGUUAAAGAAAAUUAUUUUUACUUAAAAAGAAACCACAUAAAAGUUUUUAGAUCAAUCCCUUACAAAAUUGAUUUAAAAGAGUCAAGAGCAGAAUAA